AUGUUACAAAGUCUCUGUUUUGUCUUGAAAGCUGUCAUUUACUUUUUAGCCUCUACUCGUAAGAGACUGGUGCCAGGAGCAGUGCCAUCUUUAAAUUUGCCAGUGAAGAGUACUCCUACUUCUGCAACAACAACACGACGAGAACUUGUUCGACAUCAACUGGAUAAACGUGUUGUAUAUCAUAAUUUGGAGAGUUUCAAGAAACGAAUUCCGGGUUUGAAGAUGAAGGGAUGGCUGAAAACCGAAAAUGAGGACAAUGUCAUUUUUGAGUUCUGGAAUCCAACAUUUUCCUUGCCCAAGCUAACUUGCUCUGUUGCCUCUAGUCUUGAUUUUUCUGUUGCUGUGUAUAACUGGUUUCUACCUGACGAUCAUGUGAUCUACACUGAAUUGAAGCGAUCGGUAAAGCACACCAGCAUCUCAACCAUUAUUUCUAAGCUAGAGAGUUACAAGAUUUGUGAAGGCCUCAACAAGAAUGAACUCACAUAUUCAAAAUGUGAAGACCCCAGUCCUAGCUGUAGUUCCAGCAGUAUAAUUAGGCAUACCAUUCCCAUAAAGCCUGAGAAUUAUGAAGAAGAUGGUCCUCCCUUUCAAGCCUGUAUCUUUUUGAGAUCACAAGAUUGUGAAUUGCUUUGUGGUAACAUUUCCUGCUCCAGUUGUAUCAAGCAAGAAAAGUCUGUCAGCAAGCAGAAAGAGAAACACGAUGUACAAGCACCUCAACCCCUAAAGGAUAAAGCACCUCUGUCCAAAUCAAGUAAGGAACGGUUGGUUGCUACAGUGCAAAGACAGAGAGUUGUCUGCAAGGAGCUUGAGGGUCGUAUCUCACAGUUGGAAAAAUAG